CGUACUUUGAGAGUGAAGUGUUCAUUUUUAGCAUUCCUUGUCCAAUUGGCUUAACACUAAAUUAGAAGGGAGUUUGAACAAAACUAGGUGCUGAUCACUUCGGGGCCAGUAUCUCCAAGAUAAAGGGGCAAAGCGCGUGGAAAGGGCCAUCAGUUUUUCGCAAAUUCAAAUCCAGCAGCUGCUUACAUCUCAAAGGAGCUUAUCAGAGAAAAAAGGGAAAUACAAGCAAUUUUGCCGAACAUCAGUCUGGAUUUUUGAUUCUACUUUUGAAAUACAAAAUACUUGAAAGAAGUUAUCAGGAUGUUGACUAUACUGCUACUGAUGGUGCUGCUGAUCAGAGUUGGAUGGGCUCAGGAGAUUGAUUCAGCUGUGUCAUUUACGCAGUGUUCUGAUGGAUACCGUUUGGACCGUUCAACUGGACAAUGCAGAGAUAUUAAUGAGUGCCAAACCAUCCCGGAUGCCUGUAAAGGAGAUAUGAGAUGCAUCAAUCACAAUGGAGGAUACUUGUGCUUGCCAAGGACUGCUGCACUCGUCCUGGCAAAUGGACCAUCUAAUCCCACAUACCCUGCAUCUUCACAAACAGGACGUUCUGAAACUUCAGUCUACCAACCAGCGUCAAUACCCAGGUAUCCUAUUCCACCGAGAUCUCUGGUCUGUCGUUUUGGCUACACCCUGGAUGAGAAUAACAACUGUGUGGAUAUAGACGAAUGUACAUCAGGAACCCACCAAUGUAACCCUUCGCAGAUCUGCAUAAACACUGAGGGAGGCUACAGUUGUUCCUGCACUGAGGGUUAUUGGUUAGUAGAGGGACAGUGUAUGGAUAUUGAUGAAUGUCGACAUGGAUAUUGUCAGCAGCUGUGUGCCAAUAUCGCCGGUUCCUACUCCUGCCAGUGUAAUGCUGGAUUCCUACUGAACCCUGAUGGGAGGUCAUGUCAAGAUGUCGAUGAAUGUGCUGGAGAGAAUCCUUGUAGCCAACACUGCAUCAACACCUAUGGUUCCUUCCUUUGUCGUUGUGAUACUGGAUAUGAGUUAAAUUCAGAUGGAACAGGCUGUGAGGAUAUCAAUGAGUGCAGUUUCUCAGAUUUCCUCUGCCAGCACCGAUGCAUCAAUGAGCCAGGCGAUUACUUCUGUACCUGCCCUGAGGGCUACACUAUGUACAAUGACAACAGGAGUUGCCAAGAUAUUAAUGAGUGUGAGGCUGCAAAUCACACAUGUACAGAAGAACAAAACUGCUACAACAUUCCAGGAGGAUACAAAUGUCUACAGCCAGUGAAAUGUCAAGAUCCUUAUAUACAGUUGAAUGAAAAUCGUUGUAUGUGUCAUGGAGAGAAUCCAGGCUGCGCAGAACAGCCAUUCACCAUUUUGUACAAGUAUAUGGACAUUGUGUCAGGAAGGAACGUGCCCUCAGAUAUUUUCCAAAUGCAGGCCACGACUCGCUACCCAGGUGCUUACUACAUCUUCCAGAUCAAAUCUGGGAAUGAAGGCAGGGAGUUCUACAUGAGGCAAACGGGGCCUGUCAGUGCCACCUUGGUGAUGACCCGCCCAGUCAGCGGACCACGGGAAAUUGUACUGGAUCUGGAAAUGGUCACUGUGAAUACUGUCAUCAACUUCCGAGGGAGCUCAGUGAUCAGGCUGACUAUCUUUGUAUCUGAAUACACAUUUUAAACCCUGAUUUUCCGGGGGUUGCUGGGGUCCAACAUUUGACAGGUUAUUCAGCUACAUUUGUUUUAGUGAGUGAAUGAUUCAUUUAUUCCGUUAAGACAGAAGGAUGCUUUCUAUAAUGCAUUACAACUGUGUAGACUCUUAAUUCUGUCUGCUUUUUUUUCCUGGCAUGGACAGAGAUAUUUGUAUGACAGCCCAUAAACAAAGAUGUAAAGUCUUGAAGCUGCAGUAUAUUCAGUAAGGCAAUGUGAUGUUCUUAGUCCUUGUUUGGAACAGUAUGUUCAGGAAGAGUGACUAUAUGUGAAGAGUUAGGGGGAAACAAAAAGGACAGAUAUUUUCACUUCAUGAAAUGAGUGAUUCUGACAAGGCCACAUUCAUCUUAAAGCUCAGAGAAGGUGAUGGUAAACUUUUUCUUUGUACUGUGGCAAGUCUUACAGUAAAAGUACAAUCCUGAUAUUGUCAGGUGGGAGAUUCGAGGACUUUGACACAACGGCAAUGGUAAUUUAUAGAUGGAUGUUAAUCAUUGCAAACAGUUCGGAGCAGAUUUGUUAGGCCAAUGCCUGAAUGAGUGGAUUGCCUUAUAAGGAAAGACUGGAGACACUAGGUCUGUGUCGUGUGGAGUUCAGAAGAAUCAGAGGUAACUUAUUUGAAACAUAUAAGAUCCUGAGAGGACUUAACUGGGUGGAUGUUGAAAGGAUGUUUCCUCUUGUAAGGGAAACUCGAACUAGGGUUCAUAUUUUAAAAAUAAGGGGUCAUCCAUUUUAGACAUGACGAAACAUUCCUUUCACUCACUUGGUUCCUCAAAUGAUGCAGAGUCUUUAAAUAUUUUUAAGGCAGAGUUAGACAGAUCCUUGAUGACCAAGGGGAUGAAACAUUAUUACACAGGAAUGUAGAGUCAAGGUCAGACCGGCCCCGAUCUUAUUGAAUGGUGGAGCCGGCUCAAAGGGGUGAGUGGCCUACUUUUGUUCCUUGUUUGUAUUUGUCCAGGACUGUAUGAUUUGAAGGAGGACUUAAAGUGAUAAUAAUCCCAUCGGAUAGGUAUUCAUUUCCCUUUGAGUAGGAGUGGACAUAUUUCCUCGUAAGGAUGAAUUCAGGGCUCUGGACUGAGAAGAAGAGAAGAAUAAUUACCAAUAACUGUGAAAGUGUACUCCUUGAAUUGUCAACCCUCUCAACAUUCCAUCACCAUGCUUGGUCCUGUAGCAUAGCCUACAAAAUGCCAACUUUAUUUCCAGCUGGAGGCUGUUUUGUCAAAUCCUAUGCUUUCAUUACACAUUUAAACAAUUGUGCUUCCUAAAACAGUACGUUGCAAUGGUUUAUACAUUCUUAGAGUCAUAGCCACAGAGUGAUAUACCAUGCAAACAGAUCCUUCGGUCCAAACAGCCCAUGCCGAACAUAAUCCCAAACUAAAUUUGCCCCACCUGCCUACCCCUGGCUCGUAUCCCUCCAAACCUUUCCUAUUCAUUUACUUAACCAAAUGUCUUUUAAAUGUAUUUGUACCCGCAUCCAUCACUUCCUCAGGAAGCUCAUUCCACACCCAAACCACCCUCUGUGUAAAAGAUUUGCCCCUCAUGCCUUUUCUAAAUGAUUCUUUCUCGCAUUAAAAAUGUGCACCCUGGUCUUGAAAGCCCCAUCCUAGGGAAAAGACAACUAUCAUUAACUUUAUCUCUACUCCUCAUUGUUUUACAAACUUUGAUAACCUCCUACAUUCCACUGAGAAAAGGCCCUUUGGGACACAUUAAUGUCAUUUUCUUCUUAACAAAAAACCUCUUCGUAACAAAAAUAUUAUGAAUUCUUAAAUGGCUUAUCAGCCUUUGCAAAAAUAGCCAUUGAGGCAAAUGAGAUGAUUUUAAAAAUUUAUUCAGUAAGUUCUUCAGAUCUUGGAAUAGACUAACUAAAAGAGUGAUGGAAGCAGAUUCAAUAAUGUAUCAAGGGCAUUAAAUAGAUACUGAAAAGAAACCCCUGACAGAUGAUGGGCAAAAAGCAUUGGUGUGUAUUUAGCUAGAUAGCUUUCAAAGAAUCAGAACAAAAGGUCCUUCUUCUGUGUUGCAAUAUUUGAACACUGGAAGAGAAAUCUUGAAAAUCAGUGUCCGCUAAUAGAGUUAUUGGAUAUUAUUAAAGAUGUGUGUGUUAGCUGUACAGCUAAUAACACCAAAGUAUGAUAGUUCUAUUUAAUAGGUGUUGAAUGGAAAUGUGUCAGGUAUGUUACUACACCAGGGAACCAGGGUUUUUCAAUUAUAAUGUAUCCACUUGUUUCAUAAAAUUUCACAUCAACACCUAUUGUCUUCAAGCAAGUAGGAUUAUUUUCUUUGAAACAAAAAGUAUUCAUUUUAGUAAUGCAGAUUAAGUACCACCCUUCAUCAGGAUUUCUAUUUAUCUGUCUGGCAACCAACUCCUUGAACACCUGAGAAGUGACUCACAGAAAACUUACAGGCAAAUAGCUAUCUGCUUGUGUAUUGUUCUAGGGGCAUUGAGAGUGAUCUAAUUUCUGAAGUAAUUAAAAGAGAAGUAUAGUCUUUGGACAAUGUAUGUCUAAGAUUAAAUAAAUCAGUUCCUCCCUGGAGAUAUUGAUUUAGCUCAGCGAACUCAUAAAAUUGUGUGUGUGUAUAUAUAUAUAUAUAUAUAUAUAUAUAUAUAUAAAACUAUAUAUAUAGUUAAUAAAAGGGCACUUGGGAUUGAUGAAGCUUGUACCCUUUAACACUGAUUUAACUGCUUAUCUGUUGCUUUAAGGACCAUUCUAGAGUUGUGGGUCCUGAGGCGAUAAAGAUUCUGAUGAAAAGGAUCCACACACUCUGCAAUAGGUGGUGUUUGAAGUGGUAUGUGGGUGUGACCCUCAGUUUUCACGCACUCGUACGACUGUUUAUGCAUGGCUCCAUCACCCAGGCCUGUAGGGGAUGCUCCUUUGCAGGAGCUUCUUCUUAAAAUUUGGGUAGUCUUGGCCAGAGGUUCUUACAAGUUGGCGUAUAUGUUGUAUUUUCUCAGGGAGGCUUUGAGGACAUCCUUGAUGGUCUUCCUCUGGCUUCUGGUAACUGUGGUGAAGCUUAGAGGCGAGACCUUGUUUUGGCAAGCAGACAAUGUACAGGUGUAUGGGCAAUGUAGCAGCUGAUAGAACCAUGGCCUGAGAGAGAAGCAUUUAUCCCUACUAUUGAAUUAUCUGGUGCUAUUUCUCUCAGGAUUUGAGGAAUCUGCCAUACCCUUUCGUGUCUCGGAUGCAUAAAGAUGGGCAGGUAACACUGAUGCCCUGCAGAUCAUGAUCCUGGUGUUGGGACUGAGGCCUCUGUUCAAUGCUGUAUUCUUCAGGUGGCCAGAGUUAGUGUUGGUUUAUUGAAGGUGAUGUUGACUUUCAUCAUUGAUAUCUGCCCUUCCUCAGAGGAGAUAAUCUAGGUAUGAGAAUUGAUCCAUUUUGUUCAAUGAACAUAGAAGAUAAGAAACUGGAGCAGGAGUAGGCUAUCUGGCCUGUUGAGCCUGCUCAAUAAGAUCAUGGCUAAUCUUUUUGUGGACUCAGCUCCACUUACUGGCCCGCUCACCAUAACACUUAAUUUCUUUACUGUUCAAAAAUCUAUCUGGCUUUGCCUUAAAAACAUUCAACAAGGUAGCCUCAAAUGCUUCACUGAGCAGGGAAUUCCACAGAUUCAGAAUCCAUUGGAUGAAGAUUGGCUUGCCAUGGAUUUUGAUAGUUUGGGGUGGGGGGCAGCAGUGUUAUGCAAUGGGGUAGACUGGUAGAGGACAACUUUUGUUUCCUAGAUGUUUGUCCGAAAGAACAUUCUCCUGUACACCUCUGAUGAUGCUUGUUUAACAGUUUCCCACUUGUUCUGUAGAUUUGCUGCACUUCAGUGGGGAGCUUCAAGGAGAUAGGUGGAGUAUUUGUGCGAAGGAAGAUGGAAAUAGUGUUGGUGUGACAACACAGCCUUGCUUGACUCUAGUUUGCACUCAUAUUAGGUCCAUGGUGGAUCUGUUUCGUGGGGGUCACCACGUUGACAUCACUGUGCAUUAGGUGGAGGAUGCUGGUGAACUUCUGUGGGCAGUCAAAUGUAAGGCGGAUGCUUUGUAAUUCCUUUUCGUUGUUGCCCCUGGUUGAAGUGAAUUGCAUCAAUUCUCUGGGUCUUCCAGAUUGCUUUGUGGAGUCUGUGCAUGGCAAGCCUGCCUGGGUCAGCAUCUUGUGUCUGGUGUUUUGUCUUACGGCCUGAUUGUCAAAUCCUCCAAAGGCCUCUUGGCAUGAUGCCAGUAUGGUCGAAAGUCUCAUAUACAUAGAACAAAGUGGACAGGGUUAUUGCUCUAGAGACUUUCAGUUUAGACAGACAUACUCAUUUUUCACUUCUGCAUUAUUAGCUGAGGGCUACAUUUGCUUUGGCAAUUCUGGUUCGUUGUCAAUGGAUUAAGAGAGUGUGUCAUGGCGAUAAGUGAACUUAUCCACUGCUGACAGGCUCUAGUCAUAGACCAAGGCGUUGCUUUCCUGGUGCAGAACAUUGCUUCGAUUUUCUUUGCACUGAUCAUGAAGCCAACGUUGUUGCAUAUAUUGGAAAACAUGUCAGUGCAACAUUGCAUGGCCACCUCUGAACCAGAAUCUCGUCCAUAGUCAUUGACAAACAGGAAAUCAAUUAUGUCCUUUGUCUUCCCCUGGAAUCACCUCAGACAGAGCCACCUCACAUCCGCACGAUAUCUAAUUUUGAUUUCAGGGUCACAAUCAUGGGAAGCAUUGAAGAACAUGGCAAAGGAAAAUAAACCAGAGAGGCCUGAUUCUAGUGUGUGCCAGAAACUCAUUAUCAAGCAGCCCAUUCAUGGUCACAUCAUCAUGAAACUGCCAAAUUACUGCGAUAAAUUUCUCAGGACAGUCAAAUUUUUUCAUGUGCAGCUAAAAAGGUGAAGAUGGAUAUUUGGUCGCAUUAUAUUGUCCAUCAAUAGAUGAUCUGCCAUCCCUCUUACUUUCUUGAUUAAUGACAGGAAUUAUGCCCUCACUAUGCUAGCAGAGUCUGUGCAACACACACUGAUCAUACUCGUGUACAGAAGUUUGAAGAAGCACUUCACAGUAUCAGUUAAUUAUACCAGCAUGAACGUGAGGCUUCACUCCAAAGUCUAAAGCAAUAUUUUGGGUGUGUUUUUUGAAUAGCAUUAUCUACUUUACAUGUGUACUCUUAUCCAAUACUUAAACUCUGUUACAACCCACAACUCUGGCAUCCUCGCACAAUCAGCCUUGUCGGUAAUCUCUGGAUCACCUCCAGCACUUGGCCAACCAGUAUUGGACAUUCUGACCAGAGAAGUAUAAAGGUCAUUGUUACCUUAUUUAACUUAUGAUUUACCAGCUGGGCUAUUUAUUUCAACAAUUUAUUAGUCUUGUGCAUUCCUACUCUGAAUAAGCUUGAUGUGUUAAUGAUAACUCCUCAGUCUCAUUCAGCUUCGUUCUUGGAUAUUUAAACACUAAGUAUUGACUUCUAAUCUCCUUUACACUUAUGUGGAUCUGUUUUCAUCUGUUGUUGUCCAAUCCACUUCCAUAUAUGUCCAACUUUGCACAAUUGCUUAAAUUAUCCUGUGACUUCUCAAUUGCCUCCUCCGAUUCAACUUCCUCUCUUAGUUUGGAGCCAUCUAUUAAUUUAAUUACUUUGCAUUUCUGAAUCCACUUACAUUAUUUGGAAACAGUGGUUGAAAAGUGGAGGCUUAAGUUUCUCCAUUCAGCACUGAGGCUUAACAUGCGUCAUGGGUACUCAUUGAAAUGAAUCCUUCAACCAAUUGAAAUGAAUCCUUCAACCAAUUGCUGAUCCAUUCCCAUGGCUUUCAAUUUAGCAGCUGGUCUACCUGUCGAUCUUUCAGAUAAGACUUUUUGGAAAGUUGGGGGUCAAUGUUUCAUAGAAUUUACCACGAUUCUGGUGGGUUGUCACUUCAAGAAAGAAACAAAAUAAAAGAAAAACUUGUAUUCAUUUAGCAUCUCAGGAUUCCCAAUGCAUCAAUGAAGCAUUUUUGAAGUGUAUGGUCAUUGUCAUAAUGUAUGAAAUGUUAGCAAACAAUGUAGCAAACAAUUUGUGCGCAGUAAACCUCCUCAGGGAGCAGUAAAAUGAAUAGCCAGGUAAUGGUGUUGAUUAGGGGAUAAAUAUUUGCUGAGUCACCAAGGAGUACUCUCUGCUGUUCUUUGAAUAGUGUCCUCUGUUCUUUUACAUCUAUAUGGAACCUUGGUUUAGAACAACAUUUGAAAAAUGCUUAACCAAUGGUGCAACAUUUUUUAUUAUAGAAUAUUAAAAAUGAUAAAGAAUGGAAAUAUGAAAUGAUGACGUUUUAAGAUUUUUUUUUCUUUUUCCUAAAUUAAUCUGUCAAUGUUGUCAUUUUUCUGAUAUUCUUAAAUUUGAAGAGAAUCUCUAUAAUGACUUCUGUUAUACUACAACUUUACUAUAUAGGCUAUAUUUAGCUCCUAAAUCAAACAGAAACAGAUAAUAAUUCGUUUGAUUUUGUGUCUAAGGCUCCCAAGAUGAUUCAAAAGAACUUUACUGUAUAUCAAACCUGAUUAAACAAGAUUAUAAAUAAUCUAAUCCUUUGAAACAAAAACAGGAAUUCAUGCAAAACAGGAAAAUAAAAGAAACCCAAGGCUACAGUUGUAAAAGUUCAUGUACAUAACACUAACUUUCAAUGACCUUUUGGCAACUCGAACUUUUUUGAAAAUGUUUCAAUAUUUAUUGGGGGUAGUCCUCAAUUUGUGCAGAAUUUGGAAGCCAGCAACAGCAUUCUUGUAGAGCAAACAGCCAGGAUGAAAAAGUAACACUUUUAGGUAAGGUAUCUCUUGGUUUGAACUUUCAUGAUAUCCUUGAGUUCCUCACCUCUCGAAGAUGCCAAUUAAUGUCACUGAGUCAAAGUGGGAUUACAAAUUUUCAUUGAUGAACAACACAAAUCACAUUUUCAAAACUGACAAAAAUGAAUAAGGGUGAGGCAGGUAUAGUGGAAUAAAUGAUAAAAGGGUGAAUUCAGUGUUGGAAAAGCAGCAAAUGCAAAUCUUCUGUCUACUUUUGGAUAUUUAACUGUUUAUGAAUAAUAUUGUCGAAGACCAAAUAUGUUUUUCUAUUGAAUAAUGUACAUUUUACACAGUAAGUAUUUUAUAAACAAAUAGAUAAUGUUUUUGUUCUCCUAAAUUUAAAGAAAUUGUACUUGUAACCUUAAAGAGACAGGAAUGAUUUCUUGGAUUGCCAUGUCUAGAGUAAUGUAAUAUUACCAGUUAAUCUCCAAAAAUGGAGGCUUGAGAUUACAUCACAGUUAUAAAAUUUAGCCAAUAAUUAUGGCCUAUCUGUCCCUUUAAUACCCAGCCCAGGCAUUUCCUCUGAGGAGGUGAUCGAAACAGUUUCAAACCUACUUAUUGCUAUUAGUCAUCUCUCUAGAUUAUUAUUUGCUUGGCUUCUCUCAAUACCCUUAUCAAGUCCAAAGAAACAGAUAUAUUUUCUCCCCCGUGUUUUUUUAGAAAGAUUACAAAAUCUUACUGUUAUUUUAAGUGAGAUAACAAGGUGUAGAGCUGGAUGAACACAG